AUGGAUAUGUACGACGAAAUGUAUGAAAUUAAAAAUGGACGUGAAAUUGACGACAGUCCGCCACCGGAUUUGGACGUUUCCGGCUCGCUGCAGUUCAUCAACCAAGAGGACGAUGAUGACAACGAAGACGAUGAUCCACAUCCGAAUGAGCGAGAAAAACGAAAGGAAAGCUUUAAUGAAACUCAUCCAUUGAGUUUACUCGAGGAUGUGCCCAAAACUGGUCGCCCUGGAGGAGAAUCAAACCCGAAACGAGAACCGAUACGUAAGAACGAUUCCCUUACAGACAGCAGCGGCAGUAUGACGGAUGACGAGAAGGAACCGGUCAAGAAGCUGGUCGAAGAAAAGGAGUUCAAUCCGAAGCUGUACGAGAACAUCGACGCACCGGGCGAGGUGAAGGAACUGUUCCAGUACAUCUCCCGCUACACACCGCAACGUGUCGCGAUCGAUUUCAAGCUAAAGAUUUUUAUUCCCGAGUUCAUACCAGCCGUCGGUGAUAUCGAUGCGUUCCUUAAGGUCUGCCCACCUGGGCCGGUGAGCGCGAACAAGACCAAAAUGCUGACCGGUCACAUACAGAACCUAGGACUGAUGAUUCUCGACGAACCGUGCGGUGAUCAGAGCGACAGCGUGUUGCUACAAAUGAAACUACGGUCAAUAUUCACCAAACCGAUCGAAACGCCUUCGGCGAUCGUUCGCAGCACGCGGGAUAUCGAUCGUUGGAUCACCGAAAUCCAGUCGCUACGGGCAAAUCAAUCGAUCCAGAACGUGAACGCGCAAAAGCAACCGAUCGUCAACAUCGACAGCCUGAUGUCCGAGUGGCCAGAGGAAAUGGAGCGUAUGCUCGAUACGCUUGGAUUCCCACCGGCCAAGCUCGACUGCAGCUUGGCGAGCUACAUCAAAAUCAUUUGCAACAUUUUCGAUAUUCCGCUGCAAACCGGCGAGAACCAGGUGGACUACAUCUACGCGUUGUACAAUUUGUUUAAUCUGUUUUUGGCCAUCAAGCAGCAGAACAGUUUAUAG